GAGAUAGGCCCUCAGGGCUGUACUUCGGGGAUAAGCCAGGCUAUUUUCAUCAUUUCCUUCCUCCGCUCAGGCAGCAGCCACCACUGCCAGCUCCCACAGCUCCCACAGCUCCCACACUACCACCACCGCCUUAACCAGGACGCCACCAGCUCACAGAAAGUGUGUCCCAACCAAGGCCUCACAGCCUGCCUGCUGGAUGACUCCCUGGGGCUUCCUGUUUCUGCUCUGGCCUGUGGCCACAGCCACCCAGGACUGCCCAAGGCCCUGUACCUGCCAGGCCUUGGAAACCAUGGGGUUAAAGGUGAACUGCGAGGGGCAAGGCCUCACAGCCCUGCCUGUCCUGCCAGCUCACACUCGCCAGCUCCUACUGGCCAACAACAGCCUCCGUUCGGUGCCCCCGGGUGCCUUCGACCACAUGCCUCAGCUGUGGAACCUCGAUGUGACACACAACCCCUGGCACUGUGACUGCAGCCUCACCUACCUGCGCCUCUGGCUGGAGGACCACAUGCCUGAGGCCCUGCUACAUGUGUACUGUGCCAGCCCUGACCUGGCCACCAGGCGCCCACUGGGCCAGCUGACAGGCUAUGAGCUGGGUAGCUGUGGCUGGAAGCUACCACCAUCCUGGGCCUAUUCAGGGAUCUUGUGGGAUGUGGCCCUGGUAACUGUGACUGUGCUGGGCCUGGUUCUGCUGGCCGGCCUGCUGAGCACAUUCCCAGUGCCCCUGAAUUGAGCCUAGCACAUGAAGCCAGGCUGGAAGUCCAGAUCUAAGCCCGGUGCCCAGAAGCACCAGGCUGAGUCAGCCCAGGCUAUCAAAAACCCAAAGGAGCCGGGCGGUGGUGGCGCACGCCUUUAAUCCCAGCACUCGGGAGGCAGAGGCCGGCGGAUCUCUGUGAGUUCGAGGCCAGCCUGGGCUACCAAGUGAGUCCCAGGAAAGGCACAAAGCUACACAGAGAAACCCUGUCU